AUGACUCUUCCAGCAAGAAGCAAGCAGAGCCAUCAAAACACACUGUUGGUGGUGUCUGAUGUUGUGUUUCAAGAGAGACUUUUUCUGAGGAGCAAUGAAUUGCUCCUCUGUGCAACACACAGAUAUUGCCCUUUUGCUGUUCUGAGUCACAGUGUUUCAUUUCCAUUUGUUUUCUACACUGUUAAUUUGCAAGCACAAAAACCUCUUUGGAGGCUGAACAUCUCAGCAAGCUUGAUUUUAGCAGAAGCCUGUAAAGCACUUGUUGAGGACAAGGUGUCCUUCUGAAGGAAAAUGCCAUUCAGAGAACCCAGCUGCACAGAGAAUGUCACACAGAGCCACCGCAUCACCUGCGCCCUGACAGCUGAGGAGGCCGCCUGCACCCCCUACUUCAUGACUUUGCACAAAGAGUUUGAGACCUUUGAGCUUUUCUUCAGGGAGUUGCUCAUGCUCCAGAAUGACUGUUGUGUUCAUGUGGAUACCUGCUUGACCUUCACCAUGUCCUGGUGCUACCUAGUCAGCUCCUGUGGUCAGGACCUCUCCUUGAAGCACAACAGGGAGAUCAUCCAGCUGCUGAAGAGCCCUGGGGGCAAGGACAUCACACCCAGGGUGCUGCCACCUCCCCACAUCACCACCUGCACCAAAUAUGUGCACAGGGAGCAGUUCUACUCUGCCUUUUCUUUCACGCUGUGGACAUUUGUGUGUAGAUGUCCUCUGACCACCUGUUUUGGCUCUGCAUCUGUGGCCAUCACCUGGCUCUUUGUGGAGUUCCUGCUGCAGGACCAGUGUGCUUUCCAUCUGCUGGCAUGGCCCAAGGACACCAACAGCCCUGAGGGGCACUUCUGGGUGAUGCCCUGCAGGAUCCCAGGGCAAGCUUGGCCUCUGAGAGGAGAAGCCAGGACCAACCGUCAUGUUUGGGUUGUCUGUCUCCAGGACAGACCUGCUGCUGCCCAAGUCUCAACUCAUGACGACAGUGGUGGCACCUCCGUAAUAAGGUAUUUAGGAAGCGGAAAGAAUUCACUGCACAGCAGCAUUAGCAGCUGGAGAGACGAAGGAGAACCUUUUGGGAGGAACAACCCUGCAGACAGCAAGGUCAGUGAAGAAGGAGGACAGGAGUUGUUCCAGGUGCAGGAGUGGAGGUUGCAGCCCCCUGUCCAGCCCACGGAGCAGAGAUCCUCCUGCUGCCCAAGGAGGACCCCACACUGGAGUGGGUGA